AUGAAUAGUGCUAGUAGCAACAGUAGUGAUGAGUCCAGUUCACUAAUGUAUGACCUUACUAUAAACAAAGUAAUUGGCACUUCUGCCAAAUCAUCCAACCAAUUCAUAGCCCAAGAUAAUAUCAUUGCAUAUGUUGCCAGUGGAGGGGUGGUUGUAAAUAUCCUAGAUCCAACAGAUAGCACCAAAACUACAAGACAACGCUUCUUUUGUGCCAAUUCAAAACAACACAACCUACCACCUAGCAUAUAUGACCUGACUGAAAUAGUGGAGCGAGAUUCAUACGGCUUCCCCAUCAACUCACCCAGUAUCAUCACCACCUCCUCCAACAAUAGUCCUGGCGCCGACCCAAACAUCCCAGAUCAAGACCUAUCCCUGACCUCACCCAGCAAACUCAAACAAAAACUCCGAACAAUCUCAAGUCUAGCCAUCUCACCCAAUUCCCGUUUACUCGCAAUUGGAGAAUCUGGGUAUCUCCCCCGUAUCCUCCUCUUCUCCCUCGCGCCAAAUCUGUCCCAUUCACCAAUCAUGAUCAUCUAUGAGCAUUCAUUCGGUAUAAAUUCAUUAGCAUUCUCCCCCGAUCUGAAAUAUCUAUGUUCCUUAGGUGUCGUGAAUGAUGGAUAUAUCAAUAUAUGGAAACUCGGCCAGAGUGGUGCAGGAUUAAUUGGGAGUAAUCGAUGUACGUCGGUGAUUAAUCGGAUGAUAUGGCAUGAAAAAGCGGGGAUCAUAACUCUAGGACUUCGGAUUAUUAAGAUAUGGAAAUUUGAACAUGAUAAUAAGAUCGAUAAUGGGAGUGGGUCAGGCAGGAAUAGAGUGGAGGUCCUAAAGGGGAAGAAUUGUAUUUUGGGACAAUUGAUGAAUUCGAAUUUUAUUGAUGGGGCGAUCUUGAAUGAUGAUGAGGUUUUGGUGAUUACGAGUCUGAAUCUGUUAUUAGUGUUGAAGUUGCAGAAUAAUUUUGAUAUUGGAGCGAAGUUGGUGAGUCUCCAGAAGCCCGGGUUUGACUUUGGAUCGGUUGUGGUGGAUUAUGAAAGGGAAAAAGUAUGGUUUGGAACUGGUGAUUAUCUGGUUAUGAGUAUGAAUAUUUCUGAAUUAGUCCAGACUGGAGAUGUCGAAGCGAGAUGUCCCAGUCCGAAGAAAGAACAGUAUUCAAGCAAAUCAAUUAUCAAAGUAUGUAACAUUUCCGACGAGUACAUAACCUAUUUAACCGACACAGAAACCAUCAAGCUCCACCACAAAGAAACGAACUCCGCAUCUCCACUCACCCAAUCGCUUGCCCAAAACCUUGGCGGUAUAAAGCAAGUAUCCACGGGACAUAGUUACAUCUUCUCCAAACAGGGCCACAUCAAACGUCUUAACCAAGACCUAUCCCCUGUCGAUAUCGUAGACUUCAAACUCCCAAACCAUGAUAUCUUAGUCAACAACCUCACUUCAAUCGAAGCCUACAAUGACAACAAUAUGCUAGUAUUAGGAGAUAAGUAUGGUGCAUUAUAUAUUAUUCAACUCCUAGAAACGGGAUAUAAACAUAUAUAUACCACCAAGGCGCAUUCACUGAGCAUAAAUGAGAUUAUUUAUUUUCAAUUCCAUAAAUGGGGGAUUAUAGCCACCAUAUCGCGUGACCGGAUGUUGCAAUUUUUUUAUAAACAAAGUAAAGAUGGGGAAUGGGAUAUUUUACAGACGGUUCCCUUACAUAAUGGGAAUCUUAUCAGGUUGAUUCAGAAUCAAGAUAGGAUAUUUGUAUGUUCGACAGAUCGAACUAUAUCUGUGCAUAGAUUAAUGGAGGAAAAUCAAGAGGUGAAAGUAUAUCAAGAGAAAAUCAUAACCCUAAAAUCCUCCCCGGUUGCUAUGGAAAUCAUGGAUGAGGAAUUGGUAGUUAGUACAAUCGAUAAAUCUCUUCAGAUAUACGAUAUUACAUCCAUCAACUAUGAACUCAAACGAAGUAUAAAGCUCCGUGAUGAGAAUGGAACGGAGACGGUUUUGGUCGAACGUAUGCAUAAACACAAGAAUUUAUUAAUUGCAUGGUGUGCCGACCGCAGUUUGAGAUUGUUUAAUUAUUUGUCAGGAAAUCAUGUUAGUGUGGUCUGGGCACAUCUGGACCCCUUAAUCGGGAUGUUUAUUCAUAAUGAAUCUGAAUUGGUCACGAUAGGUAUGGAUGGGGUUUUGUUUAUCUGGGAUAUUCUCAAAUCUUCCACCUCUCUUCCGGCAGCACCCCCACCUCCUUCCUCGUCGACGGUGGUUGGUAGCAGUAGUGAAUCCGAAUCGAGUGAAGAUGGACUAGUCAUGCCAAUGUAUUCAAAAGUCACAAGAAAGAUACUUCCAACAACAUCCCUCUCCAAACCCGUCUCCCCCGAGCGGAAAUCAAUCCGACUGGGAGCGUCGUCGCCAUUAGGAAGGUCUCCACCGAAGAUAUCCAGCCAGAAUGGUGGAUCUGCGUCAUAUAGCCCCCCACCGAAGUUGAAAUCACCAUUUGUGAAACAAAGUUCCCCGACACCCGUGAUUCCGAAAUUACAGUCUCCCUUAAGGUCGAGUCUGCCUGUUAGGUUAUCCAGUCCUGUUUCCUCGCAAACUAUGAGAAGUGUACGUAGUAGUAUUGGGAAUGGUGGUAGUACAGGGGUGAAGCCAUAUGUAAAUCUAGGGUCACCUACUCCCUCUCGUACCAGUAGUACGAGAGUCAUACCUGGGAAGAGUUUGACAGAGAUAACGAUGGGAAAAUUAGAUGAGGUUGGUAGGAAUGUCGCUUUAUUGACUGCGGAAGAGAAGUUGUUGUUGGGUGAGAAGCUUCGUGAGACUCUUGUGUUAUUGGAGGAUAAGCCCAAUUCUACCCAUAUGAUGUUGGAGAAAUACAGUGAUAAGUUAUUAGAAUUAUUUGAGGAGAAAUUAAAUUUGACAAGUGAAACUAGAAGUUCAAAAGGGUCGUUGAGUGACGACUACCUUGGUGUUGAUUAG